AUGAUGUUCAUUCAUUUUAAUUGUUGUGGAGCUACCAUAAUUGCAGAUAUCUUGAUUGAGACAAAAAAGCAAUGUGAGGGUUGGCCUUGCAAAAGCAUAGCUAUAGGCAUCAUGGUUCUCGGUGCACUCCUGCUGGUGUUCGGAUCACUGCUCAAAAGACCAUCUGUUUGGCUGCUUUCAAUAUUUUAUCUCGCGCAGAUUGCUUGGUGCUUGUUCGAGAAUUACGGAUUGGGAUAUCUGUUCGUUUUAGAACUUCCGCAAUCACAAAAGGAAUACACAGAAAGUUUUCUGAAGUUCAUGAAUGAACACAAGCUGAUGGUGAUUGCCGUAUUAUUGGUGAUUGCAUUUAUUAUUGCCUCACUGUCGAUCGCAUUUAUCAAAUCUAUUUCGCCAUCCGUGUUUAUCGCACUUAUAGGAUUGGCCUAUACGGAAGGAUGUAUAUACAGAAUUUUUAUCAAGAUCGGUACGUCCAACAUUUACGCGAGAGGGUUUGUCUAUACACUGAUCAAUAUCGUACUUCUAUGGCUCUACAUUGUGUUUCCCCCUUUUAUUCUCGCGCUGAUGUUCGCUUUUUUGGGCUCACUAAUGAUUACUUGUACGUUGGACACGUUGUACAAGUUUGAAUGGUGCAUCCUGGAGGCGGUUUGUUCGAGUUAUCAAUGCUUGGAUGCGAACAUGGAUAAAGAAGUGAAGCUUGCUGCUUAUAUGGUUAUGCUGGUUUUGUUUGCACUCGGGUUAGGUGCACAGAUCCCUAUGGUCUUGAAAUUGCAUGAAAAAGAAGAAGAGAGGACUCAAUAAAUUAAAGUAAGUUUCAAGGC